UACUCUUUAGCAACAUCCUUAUCCGCCGCGUGCUUGCUGUACACCCUGUGGGAAUAGUCUCGUGUCAUCUCAGCUGGCAUAAUGAAUCAAGAGAAGCUUGCCAAACUACAGGCCCAGGUCCGGAUAGGUGGAAAAGGGACAGCACGCCGGAAGAAAAAGGUUGUUCACAGAACAGCAACAGCUGAUGAUAAAAAACUGCAAAGUUCAUUAAAGAAACUUGCUGUAAACAACAUCGCAGGUAUAGAGGAGGUUAACAUGAUCAAAGACGACGGCACGGUCAUCCACUUUAACAACCCCAAAGUGCAGGCAUCUCUGUCGGCCAACACGUUCGCCAUCACGGGUCACGGAGAGACCAAGCAGCUCACGGAGAUGCUGCCCGGUAUCCUGAGCCAGCUGGGUACGGACAGCCUGUCUAGUCUACGCAAACUGGCAGAGCAACUCCCACGGCAGGCUCUUGACAGCAAAGCAUCUAAACCUAAGAAUGCUGAUGAAGAGGAGGAGGAUGAUGAUGUACCAGAUCUCGUAGAAAACUUUGACGAGGCAUCGAAGAACGAAGCCAAUUAAGUCGUCCGUAUCCUAACGGGGACUCAUACGGCAGCUGUGCAUACGAUGACUGAACACAGACCUGUGUUUAAAACCCGAGUCCAGCAAUCAUGUUUUACACUGAUAUCAUCAAAGUCAACUCCAGCAGAACCAAACAGACUUUGUUUUUUCUACCAACCUUCAACCCGUAGGAUCCUGCCUUUGGCCAUGGGCACCUCGGUCCAAAUGCUACAGUCCAGAUAUUUGACAUAGUCUCCAGGGUUAGGGAGAAGUGUUAUUGUCAGGGUUUUUUUUUUUUUUUGGAAAAUGGUGAAUUAAAUAUACUAAUGUUUGUGUUCACUUUCUUCCCUACAUCAUGCAGAUUCCCUUUUUUUCCCUUUGUAUUUGACAGGAACAAAAGAUUGUACUCUUCAUAAGAAGUAAAAUUUGGUUUGGACACAUGUAUUGUUAAAAUAAAUAAAUAAAAGGAGGUUAAGCAAGUUAGGAA